UUUUUAUUAAUUUCUGUCGAACAGUAAGUGUUAAUAUAUUUAAAGAAGCUUAUUGCCAGGAAAAACUCAAAGAUCACAUUUUAAACGGCUUCAUCAUUGCAAUAUGGCACUGUAAAUAAUUGUUUGGCGCUGUCGGAACUGAAGUAUUGCGUGUACUACUCGAGAGGUGUGGUGUUUUUGCUGUGAAUUUCUGUUAUUAGACAAUAAAGACCAUCGGAUUUUCGUGCUGUGAAGUGCGCAAUGUCUUCGGGGAGACCAAUUAAAUGUGUUGUGGUCGGAGACGGAACGGUGGGAAAAACGUGUAUGCUGAUAUCUUAUACAACAGACAGCUUUCCUGGAGAAUACGUGCCCACCGUGUUUGAUAACUAUUCUGCACCUAUGGUUGUGGAUGGUAUUCCAGUCAGUUUAGGAUUAUGGGACACUGCUGGCCAAGAAGAUUAUGACAGAUUGAGGCCAUUAUCUUAUCCUCAGACAGACGUAUUUUUAAUUUGCUUUAGUGUGACAAGUCCUUCUUCCUUUGAGAAUGUCACUUCAAAAUGGUACCCAGAGAUAAAACACCACUGUCCAGAUGCACCAAUGAUAUUAGUUGGAACCAAAAUUGAUCUCCGUGACGAUCGUGAAACUCUGACAGCUCUUGCAGAGCAAGGCCUGUCACCUAUUAAGAGGGAACAGGGACAGAAAUUAGCAAAUAAGAUCAGAGCAGUAAAAUACAUGGAAUGCUCAGCUCUAACACAGCGUGGACUCAAACAGGUAUUUGAUGAGGCAGUCCGUGCUGUAUUACGACCAGAACCUCAGAAAAGGCGCCAAAGAAAAUGUGCUAUACUGUAAAAAUUAAGAACAAAAGAACUAUAUAUACAGAAGUGUGUAACUCGAUUACACUUAAGUCACUGAAGUCUGCCACUGGAAGACUGCCUCUUCAUCCAGCACCUGCAUUUUAAGAAUAUGUGAAGAGUAUGACUGAAUUAUAUGACCAGUGGGACAAAAAAACCAUUGUGUUCAGAAACAACUUUUUGGUUUAUACAAGUGAUUUGUAUUUGCAAAACUUGAACUGCUUAGACUAAAGUUUUAUUUUUGCUGUUUUACAGGGUGAUCUUCUCUGUAGCUCAGGAAUUUUAAAGUGAAUGUAAUACUUAUAGGUUAGUGAAAACUGUUUGAAACGCAAAACUACAAGCUUUGCAUGUUCAUUAAUUUUCUCUCUUUUUUUUGUGCUCUAUUCCUUUUUGUAUGGGUGAAGAAGAGUGAUGCAUAGCUGUUACAAGGAGUAGUAAAUCAUUAUUUACAUAAAUGAAUUACUGUGCCUCACACCAGCAUCAAGAUUGUGACAAAUAAAUUUCCACAAUAACUUGUGUAAUGUUUCAACUACUACUUUAAAUUAGAUGAUUGAAGGCAGUAUUUAAGUGAUAGGUGAUCACUGCUGUUGUAUAGUUACAGAAAUUUUGAAAAGAACAUGUGUUUGAUAUGCCACUGGCAGUUCUUUUCUCCAAUUACAGUAAGUUCUUUAUGAACCAGAUCCCAUUGUUUUCAUGAUGGAUCACUCUUUUGGAUGGCUUACAUUACGGAUUAGAUUAUCAUCAUGAAAGCCGUAUUUUUUCUUACUAAGCUUGUUAAUCGCAGAUAAGAGUGACAAUAGAUCUCACAGUUUUUAUGCUCUUUAAACCCUUUGCAUGAGAUGUUCAAUAAUAAGUUUCUCAGUUCCAUUUUUACGCAAUGGGACUUUAUGUUUACCACUGUUUGCCGUCCGUGAUCACUGUACCUAGUAUGGCACCCAAAUUGAUUAGAGUUCACAUUAUUUCAAAUAAUCUUUUCAUGUGAUGGAAAUUUCUACCGUAAAUCAUAUAUCACAUUGGCAUUUGGGAGUUUUGUCACACAAUAUGUGACUCUGUGGCCAGUGCAAUAGAAACAUUAGCAGAAUCUCUCUUCAUGUGUUGUCUUCAUGAUAAUUGUCUGUGUCAUGCCUUAAUAUCUUUGUUUCCUACUUUUUAAAGUUUGAAUCAUAUUGUCAAACAAUUGAAGAAAUUUGCACAACAUCAAAGAUGGAAGUGGAAGGAGUAGAGGAACAUAUGUGACCUCUUUUCAUGGAGUCAUAAUAAUAGUAGGUCUUCUAAAGUUUAGGAACAUAAACAGUGUGGCAAUGAAAGUAUUCCAAGAAAUUUUAUGUACCUAAUGUUUUGAAUUUCUUUACUUUUAUUAUUGAAGACUUCACUGUUGAAGUAGUAAAGAAAACCUUGUGGCUGAAUUAUUAUUGUAUUGUAAUUAUUGAAGACAAAGAUCUGUAACUGUUUGUUGUGUCAUACCUUUGUAUAAAUAAAGAUGAAUCUCCUUGUGUAUGCUGCAGUAGCGUAAAUUCAUCAAAAAUAUUUUUCAGUAAUGUUUUUACAAUUACUUUUUAAACAGUAGUGAUCAUGUAUUACGUUGUGUAUAGCACUAUUUAAACUCUAAUGGGUGAUCAACAUCAGAACAAAAAGUAUUAUGAAAUAUUUGGAACGUGUAAGAAUGUUUGUGAUCAUGUAUGGACAGUUACCUUCAUUAUAUGUGCUGUUAAAAAAAACUUUUCUUUUCAUGUUGAUGCUUGUUUUUUGGUAAACUUUUCCAGUAAAAUUAUGCUUUUUUCAUUCUUUUAACACAAAUUUGGGAUAUCACUCAUGUUAACUUUUUUUGAACAAUAAAUAUAAAUGUAAAUGUAAAAGUGAUCUUGCAGGUUAUAUGCAGAAAUGAAAACUAAAGUCUCAGGUCUUGGAAAGAAGGCCCCUUUCAUUCAAAUUGAAAUUUUUGAAUAAAAUUCCUACGUAGUUUCUUUUCAUUUUGUUUCCUGUAUGAUGAUUUUUAUGAAAUAAAAUGUCAUUCAGUAUAUUUCAAGUUCCCAAAAUCUUGUUGCAGUUUCAACAAUGCUUAACUUCCUUGAAUACAAAAUAGAAAAUUCAGCUUACAUUUCUUCCAUGUAUGGAAGAAAUCCAUUGUAUGGAUUUCCUUUUACAUGGCUCUCUGAUUUUUGUGAGCUUUUUGUGUUAUGUUAAUUUUAUAUAUAUAUGUCACACACAUUUUUUUUUGUUUU